AUGCCUCGGAUUGCUCGUAUGCUGUAUGCCUCGGAUCUCUGCGGACCACCACGGCUGAGUGUAUUCGUAUUGCAUCCAGAUUAUGACACAAAGGAGAUGUUAAUCAUCCAUGGAGGCACAGCGGGCCACACCAACCUUUCAAGAAAGCCGUAUCCGAAUGCCGUAUCCGAAUGCCGUAUCCGAAUGCCGGAUCGGAAUGCCGGAUCGAAUGCUGGAUCAGAAUAA